GAAUGGAAUAGAAUCAGCACGAGAGGGAGAAAGAGGGAGGAGGACAGCACAAAUCAACCUGCCUCUUGACUUCAACAACAGAAUAGAGGAGCCGGCACCGACACAGAGAGACCGGGAAGUGCGCGUGUGCUGUGUGUGUUUAAAUAGUAUUUCUGGACGGAGGAAGAGGACACGGGAGGAACUGAGGGAGGAGGAGAGCAGCCUCACCGUGGAGAUAGAUAGCAGAAACAUGCUGUCAUGGGGAGAGAAGGGGAGGGAGUCGGCGGAGAGGAACAGGAUGAGACAAGGCAGGGUCGAGCAGAGCUGAAAUGUGGAGGUGGGCAGGGGACAAGACCAAAAGGGAAGCUGCAGGCGACGAAGAGUGCAGGCGAAUGGAUGCAAUGUUAGAGGGGCUUAUACUGACAGAGCCUUUUCUGCACAGAGGACAGAGAGUUUGGCUUCAGUGAUGAUCUCUACAUCCUCACGCCACAGGAAGGAGCAUCCCGCAUCCGGAUUCACAGCAAAACACACAUCUGCACAACUGGACGGAACCUUGCAACGAAAAACAGCCGAGAAUUGCCUUCAGUCGUUUACGUUUACGCUCAUUGCGACUACAAAGUGUGGCAGCUCACGGAGACGUCUAUGAGAGCCCAGGUGUAGAGACGGUUCAGCCAUCUGAAGUGGUGUGAAUGAGGACCGUGUUCGUUGCUUUCGCUCAGAGGGGUUUUCAUCUUCAUUCACACCAGCACCAUAGAGACCAGGACAGAAACGUAACUGGGAGGGCAGAAGGCUCUGGAACACAGUGGAGGGAAGGUUUGGUUUCCCUGGCACCAUGCAGUCAGAUGAUCUCUUCAUCCGCAAGUUUCGCCGUCAGAAUGUGCGGCCGCCGAUUGCCUCCGUCAGCUUUGACCCCAAACGGGAAGCAGGUGUAGUGGAGUGGCCGCCCAGGAGGGAUGGUGACGGAGUAGACGGUGACAGCCUCACUCCGAGCCGCGCGGGCCUGAAUCUGAGGGCAGUGGGCCGGGGCCACAUCAUGCAGAGAAGUAACAGCGAUGUAACCCUUGGGGACCUGGACUCCUCUGGUAAAGCAGGGGGGAAAGCAACAAGGGUGGUUGGUGAGAAGGUGGUUGUGGGGGCUCAGGGCGACUCAGGGCUACUGCUACAUAGGGAAUACGGCAGCCUGUCCUCACUGGAGAGACAGACUCAAGUCCAGGAGUUGAGCACAGAUGACCAGGGGCCCCUGAGUCCAAGUGCCCUUCGAUUCAAAGACCCUUUCCUGCUUUUAGGCCUGCAGGGCAACCCUCCAGAGCCUGAUGGCUUCUUUCGGGGUCUGUCUGUUUCCAUAGGGGACUCCCCAAAACCUGCAAAGCCACCAAAGCCUGAGGGUCUUGGUAAGAAGUCCAAACCAGGGCCCCUGCAGAUCCCUCAGCCCGGCCCUUAUGACAACCUCGGGGGUGGGGCCUGGGUGAGGAACUUUGCCCACUAUGAUGUUCAGAGCAUCUUGUUCGACCUCACUGAGGCGGCCACCAACAGAGACAGCAUUGGGCGGAAAAAGAACAUCACCUCAGGGGCUUCGGCCGCCUCCCAGCUGCGGCCCCUCUCCCAGGCCGCCCCCUCCUCACCUGCACAGGGCGGGGGAGGUAACGGGGGGAAUGCGGAAGACCCCGAGCAGUCGCUGCUGCUGGAUGAAGGGGAUGGCAAUGACAACGAGUUGCUGCUCAGCUGCCCCCACUUUCGCAACGAGACGGGGGGAGAAGAGCAGGUGGGUCUGGGUCAAUCCCAGGGCCGGCGGGGACUGUGGUUAAGCCUGCGGACCCCCAAUGAUGCAGUGUCUGUCCUGGAGGAGCCCAGAGAGAGUCACGUCCAGCAGCAGGGCAAGAGCAACUACUUUAUCGGACAUGCAGAUCUGGGAGCCCAUUACUAUCGCAAAUAUUUCUACAUGAAAGAACACCAGAAUUUCUUCGGCAUGGACGACCGCCUUGGUCCGGUGGCCAUCAGCUUCCGUCGAGAGGAGAAGGAGGGAUCCAGUGGAGCUCAGUACAAUUACAGGAUCAUCUUUCGCACCACAGAGAUGAAGACGCUGCGAGGUUCCAUCCUGGAGGAGUCUGUGCCCUCUGCUGCUCGUCACACGACCCCCAGGGGCCUGUCUCCCAAGAGGCUGCUGGAGUUCAUCAUGCCUGAGCUGAACCUGCACUGCCUCCGCUUGGCCUCAAACUCGCCCAAGGUCAGGGACACGCUGCUGAAGCUGGACGAACAGGGGCUGAAUUUCCAGAGAAAGGUCGGGGUGAUGUACUGUCGGGCUGGCCAGAGCUCAGAGGAAGACAUGUACAACAACGAGAGCUCCGGGCCGGCAUUUGAGGAGUUCCUGGAUCUGCUCGGGGAGCGGGUGCGGCUGAAGGGCUGGGAGAAAUACCGAGCGCAGCUGGACAACAAGACGGACUCAACUGGAACACACUCCCUCUACACACGCUACCAGGACUACGAGAUUAUGUUCCAUGUGUCCACUAUGUUGCCCUACACAGCCAACAACACACAACAGCAGUGUGGGCACGUGUACGACAACGCGGGGCUCAAGCCGGAACAUCACAUCAAUGAAAACCUCGGCGAGCUGAGAGACAACACGCCUGAUCUGAUCCUGGCCGUCAAACCCAAGGUUCCCCUGGAGGACGAACAGUUCAUGGGGGCUGAGUUUGGUGACGACAGGGCUUCAGCCAGCAACUCCUCUCUCUCAUCUUCCCGGUUGUCGUGUGUAGACCGAGCCGAGCGAAAUUCACGAGCCCUGAGUCUUCAUAACUCCAUCACCAAGAUUCUCUCAGAGACAACAGAUUCAACGGAAGAGGAGUGGCAGUCCAUCGCUAACCUAGCCACAGCCUGCCGCAGCAUCCUGGAGGCUUUGUCACGAGAGGACCGCAAAGCUGGAGACCCAUCACAAGCAGGAGCUGACCAGACUGAUGGCAAGCUGAGAGACUCAAAGGAGAGUGACUCUCCAGGCCACCUAGAGGAGAAGGUGUCCCAGCUGGAGGCCAUGCUGAAGAAGCUGCAGGAUGACCUGCAAAAGGAGAAGGAGGACAAGGCGGUGCUGCAGGCCGAGGUGCAGAGCCUCAGGCAGAACAAUCAGCGGCUGCAGGAGGAGUCGCAGAGCACGGUGGCCCGCCUCAUCAAAGUCACCGAGCUGCUGUGCAACGUCAACAAGCCCUGCUAGCUUGGCCGCCCCGCGCACAAACGCAUGAGCUGA